UAAAAUAAAAAAGGAAGUAGAAACGUAAAGCAGGGAAGAAGGGUGAUAAUGUUGACAAUAGGUUUGGUGUACGUGGAAAACAAAUGAGUCAAAGUGACAACAACGUAAUCGGACAACAACAAAACUAUCCAGACAUGGACUCAUUAGAUUCCGUCGAUGCCCCCGAAAAAUCGGGACAAAAUGGAGAGGGUAAUCGAAUAGCUCUCAGAAAUAUGGUGGGGCUCCGAGAUGAACACGUCACGCUUAUCGAUGAUGAGAACAAUCCUACGACAAAUGAUAAAAAUUACAUCCAACCCUAUCCAUUUACCAUUUUGAACUUUCUUGGAAUAGUUCUUUCAAUAGUACUCUUUGUAUUUGAUGUUGUCACGGAUAUUCUUCUUGCCUUGAAGUACAAAAAUCACGGUAGAAUCGUAGAGUGUGUACUAACGUCAUCAGUUGUGAUUGCGUCAUUUAUGGUGACGGGGUCUUUAAGCACUAUUUGGUACUUACAAGAUGGAAGUGGACCCUCUGGAAAAGUGAGGAAGUUUUUGUUUCUUGUCGUGGCCUUCCCAUUUUCUACCAUUAUCAGGAACAUAUCUCACUUAAAACAUGGAUGCUUAAGUCGCAGAUCCAGUGAUAAAAAGGCAAAAGAGAAACAUUACAAUGAAAUGAAAAAGACUGGCCUAGAUGCGAGUUUUCUACGGAUGUUCGACGCCUUCUUUGAAUCCGCUCCUCAGCUGAUUAUUCAGGUUUACAUUGCUAUCCAUGACACUCACCAACAAGCAAUACACUUAG